UGUGUAUCCUCAGUUAAGCAACAAAGACAAAUGGUAUCAGCACUACAAAAUCGAUGAAAAGAAGUCUAAUUUAACUGACGAAUUUCUGCAAAAAGUCUAUUUAUUAAUAACGGCACGUGAGCGAAUCUCUCAGCGUGCGACCAUGUACUGGGAAGAUAGCGCAAUAGCUGAUGGGUUAAUCCGUUCUUUAUUUUCAAUAAAUACGAUUCUAAACCAUGGGGAAAAAGGAUGAUCUUGAUAAAAGUCUGCUUCAGACUUCGCCUGAAGAUCAUCUUGUUUGUUGAUUUUGAAUCUAUAUCGUCAUCUUGAAACUCGCCUUGAGGUGGUCUUCAUAAAGGUAGGUCUUGAGGACAGACUAUGAAUAUUGUGAACAGAAAGUGAUAUGAUAAGAGCAAUCAGAGACUUUUGCAUUGUUCCCGAUAGAACAGUGCAUUGACUGACUCUUCGCGAAACAGAGACACCAUAAACAUGAGUUUACCAACUCUUUACGAGUAUUAUGCGCCACACGUUAUAGCGUCAGGAUUGAUUGCUAAGAAGGAUGGAUUUUAUUUAAAUAAUAAAGAGAUAACGUUGCACAGUGGUGCAAUGCACUAUUUUAGAGUUCCGCCAGGUUAUUGGAGGGAUAGACUUCGUAAAAUGAGAGCCGCUGGAUUAAAUGCUGUAGAAACCUACGUCCCAUGGAAUUUGCACGAGCCUCAACGAGACGUAUUCGACUUUGGGGAUGCGGACAAUGAUUUUUCGGGAUUUCUCAAUAUCGUCAAAUAUAUUCAAUUGGCUCGCGAAGAGGACCUCUUCGUUAUCGUCAGGCCUGGUCCUUAUAUCUGCGCAGAAUGGGAUUUCGGCGGUCUUCCUAGUUGGCUUCUUAAUGAGAAGGAUCUUAAAUUAAGAACGUCAGAUCCUAAAUAUAUGAAAAGAGUUACUGAUUACUUCAAUCAACUUCUACCGCUUCUGACGCCACUGCAGUUUACCAAAGGAGGGCCGAUUAUUGCUUUUCAGAUUGAAAACGAGUACGGGUCAAUAAUGGAGGAUGGUACGAUUCCAGAUCUUGAGUAUUUGAAGGCUUUGAAAGACCUUUUCGUGAAAAAUAAUUUAGUGGAAUUGUUCUUCACUUCGGAUACACCAAGUCUUCAUGGCAGUGCUGGUUCUUUACCUGGCAUUUUGCAAACAGCUAAUUUCAAGCAGGAGCCUGAGCGGGAAUUUAUGUUACUGAAAGAAUUACAGCCUGAUAAACCGCUUAUGGUCAUGGAAUAUUGGACGGGCUGGUUUGAUCAUUGGUUGGAGGAAUACCACAAUACAGAACCUCCACAAGUUUACUGUGACGUUCUCGAGAGAAUCUUGAAAUUCCCAUCUUCUGUAAAUUUUUACAUGUUUCACGGUGGCACGAAUUUUGGAUUUAUGAAUGGUGCUAACGUCUUUACCGAUUAUCAGCCGGACGUUACAAGCUAUGAUUACGAUGCUCCAUUAUCAGAAGCUGGAGAUUAUACGGAAAAGUAUUACAAAACUAUUGAGAUACUAGCGCGUUAUCAGAAAGUCAAAACAAGAUUACCUGAAUUACCUGCCGAAACUCAAAAAGUCGCUUAUCCGACAAUGAAAGUCGUUGCUUAUUUAACUUAUCGAGAUAUUUUAAAUCAGAUCAGUGCCGACGCUAAAGUAACUUUGCCAGAUGUCGUAUCGAUGGAGAAUCUACCAAUUAACAAUGGAAGUGGUCAAUCGUACGGUUAUGUUAUUUAUAAAAAAAGAGUACCACUGCGUAAAGAAUCAAGCUUAAAAAUUUCUGGUCACAUCCAUGAUACAGCAAUGGUUCUCGUCGAUGGAAUUCUUAAGACUAAACCGUUAAAGAGUUUAGAUGACAUAUCUGGGUUUGGAUACUGGUCAACAGAAAACCCAGAACUAAUCCUAAAAUCAGAAAGUGCAGGCGAACACGACUUGGAUAUUAUAGUCGAAAACUGGGGACGUGUAAACUUUGGUGUUUUAUCUGAUUUUGAUCAGAGGAAAGGGCUGAGAGACGGUCCAGUUUUGCUUGAUGACAAAGCUUUAUCAAACUGGGAAAUAUGUGCUCUUGAAAUUAAUAAAAAGUGGGUUAACUCGCUGAGUGGUUGGAAACAAGGAAAUGCUCUUGAGGAGAAAGGGCCUACAUUUUCAAAAGUGAUUUUAUGUAUCACUAAGGCUCAGGAUACUUUUAUCGAUUUAACAGGGUGGUCUAAAGGGAUCGUUUUCAUUAAUGGAUUUAAUUUAGGUAGAUAUUGCCACUUGGGUCCGCCACAGACCCUGUAUUUACCAGCUCCGUUACUUAAAAUUGGCGAGAAUGAGAUAAUCAUUUUCGAACACUUCAAACCCAAUUCAAGUUUAUCCUUUUUGGAUCAUCCUGUUCUGGGCCCUGUCAAAGCAUCCGCUUUAUAAGAAGUUCAAAAAAAAGAUGUAAUAUACUUCACUACUUUUAUACGUAUUAUACACUAAUGUAACAAGAAAAGAAGUGAUACCAUUGACGUACUAAUAAAAAGUAUUUCACGAAUGAUAAUUAUUA